AUGAGCAGCGCAGACGUCAUAGAUGCCCUGUUCGUAAAGACAGUCGACAUGGUACAAUCGCUGCCCAAAUCGGGGCCCAUCCAAACAUCGUACGAAGAAAAGCUCGCUCUCUACAGCCUCUACAAGCAAGCGACAGAGGGCGAUGUCUCAUCCAAGCGUCCAGGUAUGCUCGAUAUGCUGGGCCGUGCAAAGUGGGACGCUUGGUCCAAAGUCAGCGGUUUGCCUCCAAGGGACGCAAAGCAAAUGUACGUAGAAUCCAUGCUCAGGAUUCUGCGUCGCUUCAGCGAUCGUCCUCAGGCUGCUUCGCUCAUCCAAGAGCUCGAGAAUUUUUCAGGUCAAGUCGCACAACGCGUCAUGGACGGUUCUCUGGCCCAAGUCGAUUCAGACGAGGAGUCCAUCACUGACACUGAAUCAGACAAUCAGCAACGACUCGAUCCCACCGCUCUUCAUCAGCAACCUGCCCGUGCUGCUCAAACAAAUCUGCCGCGUCAUCUUGCUCCCAACGCCCCCUCCGUCGCAGGCACAAGCACCGCUGCUACUCGUGGCGGUGGCCCCGGCGACGCCUCUUCCGCCAUCUCUCCAGGCAGAACGCCUAUCGCAUCAGAAUCAGAUGACGACUCGUCCGACGACGAUCGUCUUGGUUCUCAACCAGGUCCUUUUCGAGGUGCGCCUCGACAUUCCUCUUCGCAUGCUCCACCCUCGCUUCAGUCGUACCGUCCCCAACCUCGACCUGGUUCCAUUUCAGCUACCGAGGGUUACAACCGAGGCGGCCCUCCUUCGCGCUCGCAAGUUUCGACAUCAGCCCAAUACGAAAGCUCUCAAACCCUUCGCUCCAGGGGGCCGCCUUCACUCCAAGGUGGCUAUUCACGCCCUCAGUAUGCACCACAGUCGACAGCAGCUUCAAUCGCGGGUUCCAGCUAUCCUCGCCAGCCCGAUUAUCAGCGUAGCACCUACGCUGCUUCUUCCGUAGGAGGCCGUUCAGUUGGCACCAGAACUGGCCCACCUUCCAUGUACCCACCGCGUCCACCUUCCAACACAGGCACCGCUCAACAUCAACCACGAGCAGAGAUGGAGUCAGCGCUUCAAUCCAUCCAAGCAUCCCUUGCUGCGCUACACGAACGUCUCAACCGUGUCGAGAGUCGUUCCUCGGCUGGCGGCGGAGACGAUCCUCGACGUUCGCGUCCAGGUUCGGGACAAUCAAGCGCUGCCUACCUGUACAAUGCCAUCAUCAACAUUGUCGACGACUUCAGGCAACUGCUGGGCGUCAAUGGCGUUGCGCGCGGUCAACGAUCCGAGGCACUAGCGCCUAGCUUCUUGGCGCAGGGAGGCGGUGGAUCGAGCGAUCGAAGCAAUGCCGCUUUCAACCUAUUGACCUCGCCCGUUCGCAUCCUUGUCGCCCUGGUCAAUCUGAGCGCAAGGCUAGCACUCGACGUUGUCAGCCUCGUGCUUGUCUCGAGUUUCUUUUUAUAUGCGAUCAAGCGUAUCACGGGACGUGGCGAUCCACUCUUGAUGAUUCGCCUGCUCAAAAGGCUGCAGCAGGCGGUGCUUAGAAGGUCGCCCGCAGCAAAGCAGUUGGUUGCCGAGGCGAGCGUAUGA